UGUUUAUGCUGUGAUAUUUAAAUCAGCCGAUUAAUUGAUGUCCCUAAUCAAGGAUACGGUGUUUGAGUAUCCGUGGUCCCUACUAUGAUAAUGUUGUGUUGAGCCGAAUUAGAAAACGUAGUUGGUGAAUACUCCAACUGACCAAAUUCUAUUCGGGAAUUAUGGGAGAUAAGGAAGUAUUAGAGACGAUAUCAGAAAAUGAUGGAGAUCCCUUAAAACAGAAUGUAACUGGACCAGACGCAAACUUGUUACCGACAACAAAGUUUUUCGAACCACCAUGCUAUGAUAAAGUGAAAGAAAUAAUAAGGGCAGUACAAGAUGAGGUAUUAACAGGCAAAACAUAUAUGGAUGAUGAAGCUAAGGAAUGGACUACCAAAAUUGUAAAUGAAGUGAGUAAGAGAUGUCGCGAAUUACAAAUAAGACGCUACAAACAUAUUGCUCAAGUUUUUCUAAUGGAAUUAAAAGGAGCUGGAGCAAAAUCUGUUAUUAAGUCAAUGUGGGAUGAUGAAACAGAUGGAUAUACGAGUGACAAAUUUGUAAAUGAUACUAUUAUGUGCGUUACUGUUGUUUUUGCGAUUCAUCUAUACUGACUUACCCACUCAACUAAUCAAUAUUUAUGUGGAUACUUUUAAGUAUAUAAAAAUGUCCAAUUCCGUCAAAUCACUAGUAACCUCCCUGACGUUGUGAAGUUAUGCAGAAUAAAACAUUUUAUAAGCA